UCUAAUGUGCUGCACCCUGAUGCAGGCAAGUCUGACCUCUUAUAUGAAUUAUUGAGCUGUAGUCUUUAGUGGAAAUUAUUGAAUUUGAAACUUCGAAUUCCAAUUAAAUUGAGUACAGCAAAGAAAAACUGCCAAAAUCAUCCUUGGCAAUAUCAAAAGCAUUCUUGUAGCUUUUUCUGCUCCGUUUCCUACGCUCCAAACACGCCAUCCCUGCAAAAAUCAUAACAUCAUGAACAUGGAAAAGCAAGAAGAAGAAAAGCACACCGCCUCCGACAGUCCAUCUGCGGAUGAACCUCCAUCUCCACAUCCCCACCGAGAACACAAUUCCCUUCCCCCGCCGGAGUCUUCACCGGCCGAUUCUCCCGUCUCCUAUCGGACCUCUAAUGGAUUCUCCCCCAAAGAAUAUAAGACUCCGCCUACCCCGCCGACGGACAUGCCUGCGACGUCUCCUUCCCCGGUAGUGGUGGUGAACCGAUCGGUACGAGACGAGCCGAGGAUGGUAACGAAGGUGGAUCUCGGUGCUGUUGACGGCAUCGCAAGCAUAGGAGUGGAAGAACGCGGCGGUGCUAGUGCUCGGCGAGGGAAGCUGUCGUUGUCGAUACUAAGGAGACCGAAGAGGGAAAGGGCAGUGGAGAGAGCUGCUUUAGGGUUUAGAGUUUGUGGAUUUUUAUUUUGCUUGGUGUCGUUCUCAAUUAUGGCCUCCGACAAGAACCAAGGCUGGACUCUCGAUUCCUUCGAUCGCUACAAGGAAUUCAGAUACUGUCUGGCAGUGAAUGUGAUCGGGUUUGUGUACUCAGGCCUGCAAGGAUGCGACUUAGCCUUCCAUUUGGGUACCGGACAGCAUGCUCUCCGGCACCACCUCCGGUAUCACUUGGAUUUCUUCAUGGAUCAGGAGCCUUCCUUCGUGUCCAGGCACCAACAAUAGUAAUCAGACCUGGAGAUUUCCAACAUUUCAUCUGGGGUCAUCCUCUCUAGCUCACUUUGCCUCCCUGAUGCAAAGUUGUUUCGGUUCUGCGGGUCAGACGCGAGCGGGUAGUCCUCUAUUUUAUGACUUUGGGAUCUCAUUCUCAUGUAAAGCCUCAUUGUUGCAACACAAUCCUCAUAAGGAUCUUGUAUGCCAGUUUGGAUGUCAUACCUGGAAACCAGAAGUUUCAUUCCUUUCCUGAAAUAUAUAUUUAAAUUUUGGCAGUGAACUCGAAAUUGAAAUGCAUGUGAUGUACUUACCCGAGGUAUGCUUGUGUCAGAUACUUCAGUGAGUUGCUGAGCUUGCUUGUUUUCAUCAAUGGAGGAUACUUAGCUGUGUCCCUGAUCCAAUAUGCAUUUCAGAUUAAUUCAGUAUUA